AUGGGCCAACAACAAUCGGCAGAGGAUAAGAAGAGCUCGGGUUCCAGAUCUGGCACGCCGCAAGCUGAAAGAGAACGGAAGAUCAACCAAAGGGUUUCCAUUCAAGCUCUCUCACAGGGUCGAGGCACACCCGUUGACGCUUCUGCCACGAAAGACACCGCUGUUGCCCAAACCACUUCUCAGCAUCUCGAGAAACCCGCGUUACAGCAGUACCUUCAGGCCUCUGCGUCUGAUUCUCAUGCCAGAACCAAUAAGAUCGAGAGGUCCGCCUCGAGGACAUCUCGAGAGAAGAGGAAUGAGCUGGAAUACAGACAGAAGCAUCAGAACCCGAGUCUGCCACCUGUUGCUGUCCCACAGCCUUCGGGUCCGAUGGAUGUACCCAUGUCACGAAGUAAACAAGAAACCAUCGAGGAACGCUUUGAUCAGAAGCCAGAGGAUUUUCCCGAGGGUCACGCAUACGAAGAUCGACACUAUGCACCUGUGGCACAACUUCGACCUCCUCGCCUUCCUCUGCCUAUUGCUGAUGUACCAAUACCGGAAUCACCAACUCUGGUGCCGGUUGACAAGGGAAAUGCCGACGUCCCGAUAUUCGAGACUGACGAUCCUCUGUCCACUGGGGAACCUCCGUUGAGAAGAAGAAGUUCUAUGCUGAGCACGACCACACAAUCUGAGGAUGAGGUUGGCGAAGAACUGCAGCCCUACGCAGUCCACCCUACGACUCAAACUGUUCCGACUGUCAUUGAAUGGAAUCAAGGCGGGCACAAGGUUUACGUUACGGGAACCUUUGCCAAUUGGGAAAAGAAAUACAGACUGCAUCCGAGGAAGAACGCGCCUGGCAUGUUCACCACCAUCAACCUGCCAUCAGGAACCCACCAUCUUAAGUUCGUGGUGGACGGAGAAAUGGUGACCAGUGCCGAGCUACCAACAGCAGUUGACUUCAACAAUUUCUUAGUCAACUACAUUGAAAUUGCGACGGAAGAUGUCACAAAGCCCAGAAGAGAGAGCACCCAACCUGGUACAAAGGCUACAUCACUAGUACCAGAGGAACACCGCGAACAAACCGAAUCCGGAGAGCAGACACCCGAAGACUCCGAUGUGGAAGAGCCACAUCUUGAGGAAAUUCCAAUGGGUGAUUGGCGUCAAGUCGUUCCACCAUACCUGAUCGAUGUCGACCUGGCCGAGGAAGACCCGAAAUAUAAGGCCGCGGGCCAGAUCAUCCAGGAACUAGGCAAUCCACCAGCCCUACCACUCUUUCUGAGCCGGUCUAUUUUGAACGGUAUUUUGCCGGUCAAGGACGAUAACAGCGUUCUGACUCUUCCAAACCAUACCGUCCUAAACCAUCUCAUGACUAGUAGCGUGAAGAAUGGUGUUCUUGCAACGAGUGUGACGACCCGAUACAAGAAGAAGUAUGUGACUACGAUCUCCUUUAAGCCUGUUCCCAGGGCGCAAACUGCGGAAUGA